AUGUCAACACCAACGUCCUUCGAGAAGACGACCAUCCAAAUCCCGAGCAAAACACCGGAAUGGAACCUUGAUACAUGGCGGUUUCUGCCAGCUGGGGGUUAUGCGAAGCCGUAUCCUGUCAUUGUCAUGGCACCAGGCUUCACCUGUACGAAACGCAUGUCAUUAGAAGCAUACGCAGAGACGUUCGCGUCGAACGGGUACGCGUGUCUUCUGUUCGACUACAGGCGCUGGGGUACUUCGGAUGGAACUCCACGGAACGUCGUAGAUAUUAACGAGCAGAUGGAGGACUAUAAAGCUGUGAUCAAGUACGCGAGGCAGAACUCAGAGGAGUAUGAUGGGUCGAGGGUCGUACUUUGGGGGACAAGUUUCUCUGGUGGGCACGUUAUACGACUAGGCUCCGACCAAAGCCUUUCCCUCUCCGCGAUAAUCGCCUCCAACCCGUACGUCGGCGGCAGUGUCCCCAUCACAUUCAACUUCGGGCUCGUCAAGACAUCUGCGUACGUCCUCGCUGGGAUCAUUAAGAAGCUUUUCGGGAUGUUCGGCGCGUCGGAGCCGGUGUACAUCCAGAGCGCGGGUCGUCCGGGGGAGGUGGCAGCGAUGACGACGGCCGGAGUGUUGGAGGCGGUGAAGAGUAUGGCACCGGAGGAGUCUGAUUGGGAGAACCGUGUCGCAGCUUCCAGCAUCCCUCAAGUCCUUUUCUACAAUCCCCUCAGCUAUUCCUCGUCGGUUAAAAUCCCGAUCCUGGUCAUGAUCUGCGGGGCAGACAUCGAGUGUUCGCCUGUACGCGCGAAGCUUGCCUCGGAGAAGGUGCAACAGGGAGAGAGCCAUACUUUGGUUGGGUCGUCCCAUGAGGGCUUGUACGCUGGCAAGAAGUUCUUCGGAGAGGCAUCGGAGAAGGAGCUGGAGUUCUUGAAGAGAGUUGUCCCUGUGUAG